UGUAAAAAACGAAAAUAAAAUCUAGGCAAAAUAGGAACCGGAAGUUUCACAUUGCUUCCGAGGUCAAAGUUUCAAUUCAGGUCGGAACAUGGCGACGUCGUCGAGAAAAGUGUUUGAGGUGUUUGUGUCAAAAGUUCCAUGGACAGUUGCUGGCAAGGAGAUGAGGGAGUACUUUGGACAAUUUGGACAAGUUAAAAGGUGUCUUAUACCAUUUGAUAAAGAAACUGGCUUCCACAGAGGAUUCUGUUGGGUGGGUUUCACGGAGGAGGAGGGACUGAACAAUGCACUGCAAAAAGAGCAACACUUACUGGAGGGAGUUAAGCUUCAGGUUCAGAAGAACCAGCGGCCAUUUUCUGGACGGAAAUCAAACAAAAAUGAAAAUGAGUGAAGCACCUUUCGUGUCCCCGUCCGUGAUCGUCUGGAAAAGUUGUUUUGUGUGUGUGUUUUACUGAUUCUUUGUGGGCCUGAGUAUCUCUGAAUAGUUUUUAGUUCUUUCUGUCAUGUCAAUACAAUUUACUGCAUGUUUCCAAUGUAUGUCAAUUUAAAAAAGUAAUUCAAGCCCA